AUAAUAAUAAUAAUAAUAAUAAUAAUAAUAAAAAUAAUAAUAAUAAUAAUAAUGAUAAUGAAAUUCUAUCUAUGAUAAGUACUUAAGGAUUAGACCAAUAAAUUAAUGUAACUAAAUAAUUGCAUACGCUCAUUGACGCCGUAAGGAUGUUAGGAAAGGAGAAGAGUAAUGAGAUUAUGUAUAAGUUGUAUUUGUAAAGGAGAAAUGUGAUGGGAAGGAAAUAGUUACUGACUCGAUGAUCAAUGUUUAAAUAUGUAAUUUGUAAGCCAUACCUACAAAUGUUCAAAGUAAGGUAGCCAUUUAUUCUUUUUUUCUUUCUGUGUUCAUUAUGACGGUGCAUCACACACACACACACACACACACACACACACACACACACACACACAAGUUUUGCCUCAUGUCUUGUGCUUUUGCUCUCUCUCUCUCUCUCUCUCUCUCUCUCUCUCUCUCUCUCUCUCUCUCUCUCUCUCUCUCUCUCUCUCUCUCUCUCACACACACACACACACACAAAAUAUUUGUAUCGUAUUUGUAUCGCGUCAUGUGUACGAUAGAUAGAAAGAAUUCACAUUUUGGACACACACACAUACAGAGAGAGAGAGAGAGAGAGAGAGAGAGAGAGAGAGAGAGAGGCCGCCUCCUCCACCACGCCCUAAAACAGAAAUCGACCCCAGAGAAACACGGCCACUUAUUCUUAAACAUUUUAGCAUGUUGAUCAACUACUUGUAACAGGUUUUAAAAUAAUUUAUUUGUAGUUUUUACUGAUGUUUUCAAAGGUGUUUUCAUGAUUCUGACGGUUUAAUAAGGACUUGGCAUCCCCUGUGAAGAAAAUAUCCGAUUAGUGACCGCAGCCGCAUACUAUUCUCGACAUUUUCAGCAUACUGAUCAAUUACCUGUAGAAGGUUUUAGAAGAGCUUAUUUUGAGUUUUCGCUGGUUUUCUAGGGUGUUUUCGUGAUUCUGAUAAAUUUAACAAUGACCAUCACCAAUAAAAAAAAAAAAUGGAAAUUCGGCUAUAGUUAUCUCUGUGGCCUUUGAAAAUAGCUCUUAUGAGAGUCCACAAGGGUUUAAGAAUAUGAAUACGGGCGCACAGCCCGCAACCCUUGCUUCCAUUCAAUACACAAAGAGAUUACGAGAACAAGUAACUAUCAGUUUGUUGUUUCUAUACUGAGUGAUAGUGUUGUAAUGUUGCUGGGUAAAGUAAUUUUGUUCUCUCUCUCUCUCUCUCUCUCUCUCUCUCUCUCUCUCUCUCUCUCUCUCUCUCUCUCUCUCUCUCUCUCUCUCUCUCUCUCUCUCUCUCUCUCAAAUAAGAUGUGUUUUAAGUAUUUUCUUUUUCUUUCUUUCUAUCUUCUUCUUCUUCUUCUUCUUCUUCUUCUUCUCACCGUUUGUGAUGGUAUAUUUUGCAAUGGGAUAGAAUGACGGGUGUGUGUGUGUGUGUGUGUGUGUGUGUGUGUGUGUGUGUGUGUGUGUGUGUGUGUGUGUACUACCUACGUCUAAGCUUUGAGUGUCACGUUACACGAGAGAGAGAGAGAGAGAGAGAGAGAGAGAGAGAGAGAGAGAGAGAGAGAGAGAGAGAGAGAGAGAGAGAGAGAGAGAGAGAGAGAGUGAGUAAAAAAUGUAAAUAACUGCAGGAAAUCAUACACUGCAUGAACUUAAUACGUAUAUGUAUCGAAAUUGAUCUGGUUAGUAAUAAAAAAAAAAAUGGGUGGAGGAAGAGAAAAGAUGAAAAACUGAAAUAAAACCUAACCUAUACUUCCGUUCUUAUUAUAGUACAUAUUAUAAUUCUAAUCACAUUGGGUCCAGAGCAACUGUAAUUCCGGCAUAUGCAUUGUUGAGUGUAAGUCACAAAGUGCUUAUACUGACUCAUGUUCUUGAUGUGUUUUUUUUUUUUUUAAGAGUAUGAAAAAUUGAUUGAAAAAGAAAGUGCAUAAUGAAAUUCAUAUCUGGAUUGCUGGAAAAUUUCUUGAUUUUUUGAGAAUGUAUUGUAUGUAUUUAUUCUUUUCAUUCCCUUUGUUGAACUAGGUAGAUAUGUAUGAAAUAGAAGGAAUUGACUGAAAAGAUAAUGAAUUAUGAAAUUCAUAGCCGGAAUGUUGGAAAUUGUUAAUUCCUUUGAUCUUAUUUGAGAAUGCAUUGUAUGUAAUUAUUAUUUUCCUUCCCUUUUUAGGACUCAGUAUGAAGUCAAUAUAUGUAAGAAUGUUAAAGAUGUAAAGAGAAUUUUAUGUGUGUGUGUGUGUGUGUGUGUGUGUGUGUGUGUGUGUGUGUGUCUAGGGUUGAGCGAGAUAAAGAUCAGCGGUCAGGUGAAGUUCUUGGGUGACAUAACAUGCUACUCGCCUCAUUCAAGUGUCUCAUCAUGAAGUACUUAAACGUAUUGAACGAUUGUUACCGGGCAAGCUUUUCAUUCACUGAGACACAGUCAGGCGGCGCGGAUCAAGGAUGUGUCUUACUCUUAGUUGAGAGAAAUGCUACCGUAUUAAUCCUACUAGAACUCGAAAGCGGGAUAAAAGCUCAGGACUUGAAGGAAACAGCACAAAUUACGCAUGAAAAUACUCAAAAAUAUCAUCCCCCACUCUCCCUUUCUUUCCUCGUUUGUCAGUUCAGUUCGAGAUAGGCGUGUGUACACCUGUUUCAGUUCCUAAUGCUGGGAGAUAGUGAUGUGAGUGUACAGGUCAUGGAGGGAAUCAAUCAAUGUCUCUUGAGUACGAUUAUACUCACUAACUUUCUUUUUUCUCAUAUAUUCGUGUUUGGAUUAUGAGACCCAUUCGCGUGACUCGAUUCAUGAGACGAUGUCUGAUCCUUUCACGCGUCUCGUCAGCAGUGCGAGUUUACAGGUCAUGAAUAACUCAAUGUGCCAUGUAUACUGAUGGAAGCCAAUAACAUUUGUUUCUCAAUUCAUACAUAUCUGGAUGAAAGGAACUAUUCUUGUGACUUGAUUCAUGAAACGUUGUUAAGUCCUUCAUGCGUCUCAUCUCCCGCGGCUUCGGCCCUCGCCUGGGUGUGGGAAAGAUGCAGUGCGUAGCUCUUUCAUUCCUCUCUUCCUCAGUCCUCUAUAUUUCUUUGUGUGUUAAUUGAGUUACCUUACGAGCCACCCAGGUCCUUCAUUCCUUCCUCCGUUCACCGCAUCAUCCUUUUGUAAGUAGGUAAUUUUUUUUUCAUAUUUACCUUCCUGGUUAUAGAUCGUCAGCUCAUUGAGGAUUGUGUGGAGUCAAGCUGUUUAUGUAGUCGAGUAUGGAUUCAUCUUCUACCUGUCAAGUCCCUUAUGCAGGAAUCUUUGUCUAUGAAUACUAAGAACUUACUCUACUUACGUAGCUAGUGACUGAACUCUUCCUUGUCGAAUCGUUCCCCUGUGUGAAGAUUGCCACCAUUCACUCGGUGAUGCAUGGACGCAAGCAGUUUCCUUUUACUUAAUGUAUAUGUGCUUUGGAUAACUUAAACAACGAAAAAUUAUAUUAGACUUCAUAUAUUUGUGUACUCGCACGUUUAUAAAUCAAAGGAAUGGAACACGUGAGGAUGUUGCUGUCAGGAACGCAUUGCCAGAUAAGAAGGGUUAAAUUUAUGUAAAGAGGCGGCGAUCGACGUGAAAACAAACCCGAAGUUAGCUAGAGCGGGAUACAAGACAUUCAUAUUGUACUCGUGCGUUUAUCAAGCAAAGGAAUGAAACACUGAAAAUGUUGCUGCCAGGAAUGCAUUGCCAUAUAAGAAGGAUUAGACUUGUGUUAGCUGGUGGCGAUCGACGAGUAAACAAACCCGAAGUUAGCUAUAAAAGGGAUACCAAACAUUCUAUUGCACCAGUACCCGCUCUUAUAUCAAGCAAAGGAAUGAAACACUGGUGGUGACGUGAACACGGACCCUAAGUUAACUAGAGCAUGAUACCAAAUUAUCCCACAUACAGAAUUCCCACGUAACAUCGACAAAUAUAAUCAUGUUCUGCAUUUUCUUCUUCAAACAGACGCAACGAUUCGCUUCCUUCCUCAAUAACAAGCCAAGUAUUUUUGUCUCCCAUACAAGUAAACGCCAACAAGCGCAAGAAGCUGCAUUUAAAUAGUUACACUUGUUCAUGUUUGAUUGCCUACCACUAUAGAGGCAAUGAUGAUAAGAGAUAAACAUUUUGUAAUAAUAAUGAUAGUAAUAGUAAUGAAAUAUAACGAUAUUUCUCUUGAUAGCCCUCUUUCAAGAUUGCUUAGUUUGUACUGAAUCAUAUUAUUUCGCUAGGUUGUAACAUAUCCUCUCUCUCUCUCUCUCUCCUCUCUCUCUCUCUCUCUCUCUCUCUCUCUCUGUGGAGAUCUGUGCCUUAGAGGUGGUGAAAAGUUUGAUUUGCUCAAUUAUAUUUUCGUCUUAGAUUCCAUUUUCUUUAUCUUCUUCUUCUUCUUCUUCUUCUUCUUCUUCUUCUUCUUCUUCUUCUUCUUCUUCUUCUUCUUCUUCUUCUUCUUCUUCCCUCUCCUCCUCUUCUUGAUGUUGCCGUGGAUGUCUUGCUGUUCUCUCGAUUCAUGUGUGUGUGUGUGUGUGUGUGUGUGUGUGUGUGUGUAUGUGUGUGUGUGUGUGUGUGUGUGUUCAUUCGCUCGUUCGUUCGUUCAUGUAAUUUAUUCCGCUUGUAUAGCCAACGUGUGUCUGUGUGUGUGUGUGUGUGUGUGUGUGUGUGUGUGUAGUACCUGUGUAUGUAUACGUAUGUAUGUAUGUCUAGUAAAAUUAUAAUUGGCUUUUACAUAAUUGUACAUGAAGCAAUAACCACGUGCUCCAUUAUUGUUAUUAUUAUUAUUAUUAUUAUUAUUAUUAUUAUUAUUAUUAUUAUUAUUAUUAUUAUUACUAUUAUUAUUAUUAUUAUUAUUAUCAAAUGUUUCGGGUAAAGGAAAGACACAAAGGAACUUAAAGGAACAAGGAACGUAGUCGUACGUAGACCGAGCGAGACCGACAGGUGGUCGCCUGGUGCAGGUUGGUCGGUGGCGAGACCAUUAUCGUGUACAGUCUGUGUGUUGAAAUAGAAAAAAAUAAACUAGAGGCCAUAGUUACUUCCUUC